AGAAACGCAACUGUCGUUGCCAAGACAACAGGUAAACUGAACUCACGUUCGCGUGGCAAUGGCGGACUUGCUGAAAUUGAAACAACAAGUAGAGGAAUUCAGAAAAGAAUACUUCUACAGAAACAGGCAAGCCGAGGAGAACAGACAGAAGGAGAACCAGGCUGCCGUCCGAAUUCAGAGCUGGUUUCGAGCCUGCAAGGUGCGGGCAUACCUCAGCCAUCUGCACAAGAAAGCAAUCAUUUUACAGAAGACAUGGCGGGGCUUUGCAGCAAGGGCAUAUGUCAGACAAAUGGUGAAGGCGGCAUAUUUUACCAUGAAGAUGAAUUUCUACAACGAGAUGGCGGUCAGGAUUCAGCGAAGGUGGAGAGGAUACUAUGUCAGGAAGUAUAUCCAUAACUUUUAUGCUCGGAAAAACUAUCUGGAGCAAUUUCUCACAAAGGAUGAGCUUAUGAGGAAAGAGUUGGAUGAGAUUGAGGAAGCCCAGAAAAGAGAGAAAGAAUAUCAAGCAGCUGUAAAAGAGCAGAAAACCAAAAUUUACCAAGCUCAUCAACUGCACCACCUCCUCAGCACAAAGCAGUGCCCUGGGGUGUUCAACUCCCCUUUUAGACAGACCCCUCAUGAGAUGGAGCUGCUAUUGAGGCAGGUCAAGUACCAGGUCCCUACCAGCCGGGCCCACAGGGAUACAGAUUUUCCCAAGGGCAUUCCUGACUCAGUGGAACUUAGUUCUCCUGGGUUUCUUGAAUCCCAAAGGACCAAAUCCACAAGAUCCUGGGACCUGAGAACCAGAAUACCUCCAAUUGUCACCAAUGAAUACAAGGCAACAAACAAAAAGACCAUGACAGAUGAGGCUGAUGAUUAUUUUAAAUUUAAAACUUACUCUUAGUUUCACUUAAAAUGUGAAGGAGGUAAAAAAGUGCAAUAGUGACAUUUUAGAGUCAGAGUAAUGACAGAAGACAGCGUGACAGCAGCUUUUAAGCCCUCUGGAUCAGCAGUACCUCAAAGUACACCUUUGACUGGACACAGAGCUCACAGGGAGAAGAGUCAGCAAUAUCUGUGUUAAAUGUGACUUAAGCAAAAAUGUUAAGCCUCUAUUUUUACACCUCAAACAGGCAAGCCUUCCAUCAGUUGCAACUUUUGUCAAUUGUAAUAAAUGAUCUAAUGUUUUAUUUUAUUUUUAUGUAAAUCAUUAAAUAUUUAAUCUGAAUAAAUCAAUACUGAAUCCA